CACACGGGCGGCUGUGAGAAAGUCUAUCCACUUCGCCGUGCUGGAACGCUAACGGGCAGCUAUCGAAAUGUAUAGACACGCCAACAGAAGAAAACCUUCACCGACAUAACCUUUUUAGUUUUUGUGGGGUUUUUUGCGCCACCAUGUCGCUCCAGCAGGAAGUGGAGGACGCAGUGGCGGAGGAGAGGAGCGGCUUCUUCAUCGGCGUUGACUCAGACAACGGCUCCGAAGACGAGGACCACCAUCAGCUCAUCCUACAGAAAGCUAACGCGUUAGCAUCUGAAAACUGCCUAAAAGAAGCCAUUGACUGGUUUUCAGCGGCUAUGCGUUACGGCCCUGUGCGGCCAGAACAUUUAAGCACUUUCGUGGACUGUGUCCUCCGCAACUUCAAGACGAAAACCACAGGGCCAGACGCGCUGUCUGACGCGAAGGGCAACUCCGCGGAUGAUGCGUUCGACUGUCCCAGCUGCCGUAGCUUUAUAGGUGAACCUGUGACCCUAGCCUGUGGACACUCGUAUUGUAAAAGGUGUUUACAACGACGGCUGCUCUCCAAAUGUAAGCUGUGCAAGGAAGCCGUGACUGGUGACGAGAGAGUGAAUGUAAUUCUGUGCGGACUCUUGGAGAAAUGGUUCCCCGAAGAACUGAAAACGGCCAAAACACUAAGCGAGGUGGACGAGCUGUGCAGAAGAAGACGCUAUAAAGAAGCAGUGACGCUAGCCACCUGCGUUAUCCAACGUGAUCCAGAGACAACAACAGUGGCAAGGCUGUCUCGAGCGGAGGCGUACAUGGCUCUCAAACAAUACAGUAUGGCUUUGGAGGACACAGAAUUUUGUCCCUGGUCCAUAUGUUCUGCUGAAGCUGUGUUUAGGAAAGCUAUGGUUCUACAUGAGAUGGGCCAAGUGGACGAGUCUCUCCAAGUCUUCCUGCAGUGCCUGGCCCUGGAUGAAGACUUCCCCUGUGCUAAAAGACAAGUGGAAAAGAUCUUGUGUGAUCUGCUCUCCCCACCUGAUGAGAACGUCAAAGUUGGCCUGAGGGAAACGGCACAGAACACAUCGCCUCACUUACGCAGUAAAACCCUGGUGGCUGAUGCCCAAGCCCAACCACAGAGCCCGGUCCAAAGACAACACCAGGCCCGCGCCUCCUCGGCACACCACUAUUUGGACAAUCAGGAGAAACGAUGGGAAAGCCUGGAGCGACCUUGUCUGAGCCGAGCACAGUCGCUACGAAUGCACGGCUCCAACUGUGGUGAAGAGGGACUGAAGAGAGUUUGUUCUGCUCCUCAGUUGGGAGAUCAGUAUAAAGGGAGUCUGCUAAAGAGGAAGCUGUCAGUGUCAGACACAGAGCCAUGUGUUGUGUACAGUGGAAGUAGCAAGCAUAAAAAACAAGGUGUGGCACAAAGCUCCAAACAACAGGCUGCCAAAGCAAAAACCUGUAGAACUGUUCCCAAGGACCUGCUGGACUCCAAUGACCUGGAGUGCUCUCUGUGCAUGAGGUUGUUCUAUGAGCCUGUGACUACACCGUGUGGCCACACCUUCUGUAAAAGCUGCCUAGAACGCUGCUUGGACCAUACACCCCAGUGUCCCCUCUGCAAAGAGAGCCUGAAAGAGUAUCUUGCACGUAGGAAAUACAUGGUGACGACUGUCUUGGACACUCUGAUCAAACGGUAUUUAAGUCAGGAGUUCGCAGAGAGGACUAAAGCUCAUGUGGAGGAGACCAGGGAGCUUUCUGACCUGACGAAGAAUGUGCCUAUCUUUGUGUGUACCAUGGCUUACCCCACCGUGCCUUGCCCUCUGCAUGUCUUUGAGCCACGCUACCGCCUCAUGAUUCGCCGCUGCAUGGACACCGGCACGCGGCAGUUCGGGAUGUGUAUUAAUGAUCCCCAGAAAGGGUUUGUAGAUUAUGGCUGCAUGCUAAUCAUCAGGAGCGUCCAUUUCCUCCCUGACGGACGAUCAGUCGUGGAUACCAUCGGAGGAAAACGCUUCCGGGUCCUGUCUCGAGGAAUGAAGGAUGGUUACAGUACAGCUGACAUCGAACACUUGGAGGAUACCAGGGUGGAGGACAGUGAUGAGCUCCAGAGUCUACAAGAGCUGCAUGAUGCAGUGUACGAGCAGGCCCGCGACUGGUUCCAGAACCUCAAGGUCCGCUUCCACAAUCAGAUCCUGCAGCAUUUUGGACAAAUGCCAGAACGAGAAGAUGACAUCCAGGCAACUCCUAAUGGUCCAGCUUGCUGCUGGUGGCUCCUGGCUGUCCUUCCCAUCGACCCACGCUACCAGCUGUCUGUCCUCUCCAUGACCAGCCUCAAAGAACGCCUAGUGAAGAUCCAGCAAAUCCUCACAUAUCUGCAGAGCAUCCCCAACAACUAGAGCUUCCUCUUCUCACCACCACAGACAUCGUUUGGACUCAAGCAACCUUGAAGCGACAUCUCGCCAACUUUUGUUUUGAUUACCAUCAGAUUACUCAAACAAGACCCAUCACAGUUCUUUUUUAAGCCUUCUUAAGAUCAGAGCAAAGCUGAAACACCCUUGAACUGUGGAUCACUGAGACCGGAGAUGUGGCUAAACCACCUCAGGGAUACGGACAUUAUCUGUUUGUGACUUUAAAAAAAAUAAAAAGACAAAUGUGAUGGCAACUAUU